AUGGCCGAAGCACGAGACCGUGCAUUGCCCCUCCACGUGGCAACAACCUUCCCUCGCCGCCGCACUUCCUUCAUCUACCUCGACCCCCUUCCAACCCCAGCCCCAAGAAACCCAAUCGCGCGUCCACGCGCUCGCAAUUCUCACUCGCUGGGCAUGGAAAACACUCCCUUGGUAACACCAGGACGCGGAAGAGGUCGAGGCUUCGUCCUUCCAUCUUGGUAUCCCAGAACCCCUUUGCGUGAUAUCACUAUCCUUUAUCGGGCGAUUGAGAGAAGUAGAGCGAGGUUGGGGGAGAAUGAAGGCCAGCAAAUUGGGGAUUCGGAUCAAGUGCUUCUUGAUCCGUUUUCUGCGUCCCAAAUUGAGCGUGAUUCGUCCCAAGUUGAGAAAGGUUUUCGAGAAGAGUUGCAGAAGUUGAAGAGAACUCCGAGCGCCAAGAAAGGUGAAAGGGAAAAACGGAACACGAUUGGGGAAGAGCUUAGGUCACAAAUUGGGGAUUCGGAUCAAGUCCUUCCUGAUCCGUUUUCUGCGUCUCAAAUUGAGCAUGACUCGUCUCAAGUUGAAAAGGGUUUUGGAGAAGAGUUGCAUAAGUUGAAGAGAACUCCGAGCGCCAAGAAAGUGCUUCCUGAUCCACCUGAUCCGUUUUCUGCGUCUCAAAUUGAGCGUGAUUCAUCUGAAGUUGAGAAGGGUUUUCGAGAAGAGUUGCAGAAGUUGGAGAGCACUCCUAGCGCCAAGAAAGCUGAAAGGGAAAAACGGGUGAGAACAUCAAUGUCCAUGCGGUGA